AUGCUGAGAAGGCGAGAAGGUGUGCUGGGAGUAAGGAAGGCUGUGGGAGAGGCUGAGGAAGAGACUCCACCACCUCCCACACCCCUACUGCCACCACCUCCCACACCCCCUACUGCCACCAUCUCCCACAACCCGACCACCACCACGUCCUCUGUACACUCACACCAGCUUCCCAAACACUUUGCUACGCCAGAGUCAUCACCGCGUACCCUCUCCAUCACUCACUCGGCCUCUCGUCACCACUCCUCCCUCGCCACACAUCACUCUCACGUCACCCUUACCUCAUUCAUAACACGCCAUGCACCACACUCCACUCCAGCAAGGGAAGAAGCCAGCGAGCGAGUCACCAAGCGAUCUACCAGUCACCUCUCGCCCUGCCCCUCUCCGGUAAAGUCAAUGUUUGCCUACCGAUCAAGGCCAGUGCUGCGCGUCCCCUCGUCUCCGCAGCGCGACCGAGAGAGCCCCCCUGUAUUGCGUAAUUCACCCAUCCUUGGCAGUUAA